AGAUGCUUCAUUCGCUCAACAAGGUGCCAGGAGCGUAUUUGAUUGAGCACUAUCACUGUACAGCAUGGCGUCCGAUGAACCUAAAGCCAAGAGGAUUAAACUCGAGGAAAAAAAGCUCAGUCAAAAUGCCCUUUUUGGGAUGGGAAACCCCCUGCUUGACAUCUGCGCUGUGGUGGAUAAAGACUUUCUAGACAAGUAUGGACUCAAGCCAAAUGACCAGAUAUUAGCAGAAGACAAACACAAGGAAAUGUUUGAAGAGAUAGUCAAGAAAUUCAAGGUUGAAUAUCGUGCUGGAGGUGCCACUCAGAACUCUGUGAAAGUUGCACAGUGGAUGAUCCAGGAGCCGCACAAUGUGGGCACCUUCUUCGGCUGCAUCGGAAAGGAUAAGUUCGGGAAGAUCCUGAAAGAGAAGUCGGAGGAGGCCCACGUGGAUGCCCACUACUACGAGCAGAGUGAGGAGCCCACGGGGAGCUGCGCUGCCUGCAUCACUGGCGACAACAGGUCUCUCGUUGCGAAUCUCGCUGCAGCUAAUUGCUACAAGAAAGAGAAACACCUCGAUCUGGAGGAGAACUGGAAACUUGUUGAGAAAGCCCAAGUUUACUACAUCGCUGGCUUCUUCCUGACUGUGUCCUUGGAGUCGAUCCUAAAGGUGGCCAAACACGCUUCUGAAAACAACAAGAUCUUCUGCUUGAAUCUGUCAGCUCCGUUCAUCUGUGAGUUCUUCAAAGAGGCCCUGAUGAAGGUGAUGCCCUAUGUGGACAUCCUUUUCGGCAACGAAACGGAGGCCGCUGCGUUUGCACGGGAGCGAGGCUUCGAGACCGAAGACAUCGAGGAGAUUGCAAAGAAGGCCCAAAGCUUACCCAAAGAGAACAAGAAAAGGCAGAGGAUUGUUGUCUUCACCCAAGGCAAAGAAGGAACUGUAAUGGCCAAAGGUGACAAGGUGGAGACAUUCCCUGUCCUGGAGAUCGACCAAAGCGAGAUAGUGGACACCAAUGGGGCUGGAGACGCUUUUGUUGGAGGUUUCCUGUCUCAGCUGGUACAGGAUAAGACCUUUGAGCAGUGCAUCCGCGCUGGACACUACGCUGCUAACGUCAUUAUUCGCCACGCGGGCUGCACAUUCCCAGAAAAGCCAGACUUCCACUGACGGGCCGCUGAGAGACCGGAAGAUUUGGCCGCACAAGUGUUUUAUAGGACUAAUGCCUUUCUUUUCUUUUUUUAAUUGACUUUUUAUCUUCUGUUCCUCUUUCCUCUCUUGUUCACUGCCUGCUGCCUUCCGUGCCUCGUGGGUUUUUUCUGUCUCACGGCUUAAUGCGAUCACAGAGAUGUUUUUCACAUUUCAACUGUUUACAAAAGAGGCAAAAAGAGGAAUUUUUGUGAUGAAAGUGUUGAUUUGUUUUUAAUGAGUCCAUUUUAGUAUUGCAGUCAAAGAUCAUGGCCAGAACAUAUGAAAGCUACUUUAAUUUUAGUUGUGACCUUUUUUUUCUCACCUUUCUGAGCUAAAAUUGUAAUAUCACAUUUGAUUCUUGUUGAUUACUCAGAUUCUUGCAAAAAACUGAAUUUUUAUAUAAAUUUAAUUGGAGUAAAGCUUAUAAACUCCCAAAAAUUGGCAAUUCAGAAUGAAAAAUUAUUAAAGUUGUGAGAUACAAACUCUUGACUACUUUCAAUCGUGCUAUAUAUCUCUCAAUUCAGUUUUUCUGAGAAUGGUAUAACUUUCAAAUCUCACAGUUCGGACUUUUUUUCUCAGAAUUGCAACUUGACUUGCAAAUUUGACAGUUAUUUCAACCGAUUGUGAGUUUACACCUCUUUCAAGUAAAAGAAAACAGAAUUGCGGCAAGAACACAUUUGCAUGAAAAAAAGCCAGCCUAUAAACUGGUUAUUGCAAGAAAUAGUCACAAUUCUAACAAAAGAAA